AUGGGAGAUUGGAGAAAAAAAAGACAACUUACUGAAGAUUUGAGAUAAGAUAAGUAUUUUGAUGAAGAAGAUGAUGAGCAACAAUAAAAUAAUGAAAACAAUAAUGAUGGAGAUGAUGAAGAAGAUGAACUUGAUGCCUUUAUGAAAGGAAUAGAAGAAUAAGCCGAUAAAGAUAUAAAAGAAACAAUAUAAAAAAAGGAAAACCCAGAUUUACUAAAUUUAAAUACCAAAAGAAAAGCUGGUGAAAGAUUAGAUGAAGAUGAUCAUUUAGAUACUUAUAUGGAUAGCAUUAAAAAGAAACUUAUUUAAGAGGCUGAUAAAAUGAAUCCAAAUAAAAAAAGCAAAAAAUAAAAAGACAAAAAUGAAAAUAGUAGUAAUGAUAAUAGCGAAGAUGAUUAUGAAGAAGAAGAUGAGGAUAAUAACAAUUAAUACGAUUUCUUAGAUAGUGAUGGAGAAGUAGACUUUAAUAAGGUUAAAGAAAUGAAGAAAAAAAACUUUUAGCUCCUAGAAUAAGUAGAUCACUCUUCAAUUAAAUAUGAAGCUUUUACUAAAAAUUUUUAUUAAGAACAUCCUGAUAUUACAAAGCUUACAGAAUAGUAAGUUGAAAAAAUAAGAAAAGAAUUUGAAAUAAAGGUUAGUGGAGUCAGACCACCAAAGCCUAUUGUAAGUUUUGGUCAUUUAGGAUUUGACGAAGAGUUAAUGAGAUAAAUCACAAAAUUAGGAUUUGAAAAACCUACUUAAAUUCAAUGUCAAGCUCUACCUUGCGGAUUAAGUGGUAGAGACAUAGUUGGUGUUGCUAAAACAGGUUCAGGAAAAACUGUUUCUUAUCUUUGGCCUCUUUUAAUUCAUAUCCUUGAUUAAAGAGAAUUAGAAAAAAAUGAAGGCCCUAUUGGGUUAAUAUUAGCACCAACAAGAGAACUUUGCCAAUAAGUCUAUACUGAGUCGAAAAGAUAUGCAAAAAUUUAUAACAUAUCAGUUGGAGCUCUUUUAGGUGGAGAGAAUAAACAUGAAUAAUGGAAGAUGCUUAAAGCUGGUGUCGAAAUUCUAAUAGCAACACCUGGUAGACUUAUGGAGAUGAUUCAAAAGAAAGCAACAAAUCUAAGAAGGUGCACUUACGUAGUUAUUGAUGAAGCUGAUAAAAUGUUUAGUAUGGGUUUUGAAAAGUAGAUUCGUUCAAUAAUGCAAUAGAUAAGACCAGACCGUUAAACUUUACUGUUUACUGCUACUCUGAAAAAAAAAAUAUAAAAUUUAGUUAUGGAUGUGUUAAGAAAUCCUGUUACUAUUAAGAUAGGUGGAGAAAAUUAAGCAAAUGAAGAUAUAAGAUAGGAGCCAAUCAUAUUUAAGGAUUCAAAUUUUAAAGAUUAAUGGAUUUUAAAUAAUUUAAACUUGUGUUUGUAAAAAGGAAAAGUUUUAAUUUUUGUUAAUCACAUUACUAAUUGUAAUAAAUUAUCAGAACUGAUUAAAUAGAGGUUGUACUUAGAAGCACUUGUAUUACACGGUGAUAAAAUACAAAGUGAAAGAACUGAUAUAAUUAAUAAAUUUAAAGCAGCUAAAAACCUAUUAAUAGCAACUGAUGUUGCUUCUCGUGGUUUGGAUAUACCUGAAAUAAAAACAGUAAUUAAUUAUGAUUUACCUCAAGAUACUGAUACUUAUAUCCACCGUAUUGGUAGAACAGGAAGAGCAGGAGCAACAGAUGGCACUGCAUAUAGUCUGAUAUUAAUGAGUGAAAGUAAAUUCGCAUCAGAUAUGCUAAAAGUUAUGGAAAUAAGCGGUUAGCCUGUCCCACCUAAUUUAGAAGAAGUAGCCAUGAAUGAUGAUUAAUUUAAAGCAUAGCGCUUGGCUACAAAGCUAGGUGUUGACUUUGCCAAGGGAAAAGAUUCUUCUAAGCUAUUAAAAUAAGCUCUUUCUAGAUAAAGAAACACAAAACAUGGACUUGGCUACAAGCAAGAAGAUGAACUAAGUAUAAAAGACUAAAUUAAGGCUGAUGUUGAUUAGGAUAUUAAAAAACAAAAAAUAUCACAAACUCAAGCACCACCUCCUCCAUUAUUUGAUUUAGAAUAGUUGAUUAGCUAAAAAGAUCUACUUGAAUAAGAAGAGCAAAAAUUAUUAAAAGAAAAAGAAAAGGCAAUAUAGACUUAAAAAAUAGUUAGAGAGUAUUAAGAGUAGCUGCUACAAACAGGAAAAAUAACUUAAGAAUAGUUUAACAUACAAGCACAAUUGUAAUAAUUAUAAAUUAAUGAGAAAGAAAUAAUAUUUUAGCAAAUAUAAGACUAAUUACAGUUUGUUCGUAUUUAAAUAUAGCAGGCUUAAAAUUAAAAAUCUUCAAUUACUUCAAACAGUUCUAGUAGUUAACAAUAGUAAUAGCAGUAAAAUUAGCCAGUAUAAAAUUAAGUGCCUUAGAGAUAGUCUAGAGAGAGUAUAAUGGAAAAUUUUAGAGAUCAGAUGAAAAAAGGCAUGUAAUAAUAAUUCAGAAGUGGAUUUGUGAGUGGAGGAAUGCUUCAGAAAAAAAAGUGA